UUGAGUAAAAGAAUUGUAUCUGAGUGACUUGGACUAAAAUCAUUAUUUAUUUAAGUAGCUAUGCAAGCCAAAUGUUGGAUUAAAUUACCAGAUACAAAGACUAAAUCUACCUCGAGAGGUCUGAUUGGAACUGUUAUCGUUCUCUUCUUUGCUGUGUUAUGCUGCUUGUCUCUGCUGGUUAUUUUACUGCAGCAAAUAAGAGACCUACGGAGUGAACUGGCAAAAGUCCACAAACAACUUCAUGUUUUUAGCAAGAGGACAAGGGUAAAUCUUGAGGAUGAUUCAGUGGAACAUGAACAAGAAAUGGAAGAUCUGUCCGAAAAUUUGAAAAAUAGCUAUAAUGCCAAAUCCCAAAUAAAAGAGCAGUUAACUGGACUGAAUGAGAAGAUCUAUGAUCUCAGGAGCAUUUCAAGGAAAAGGAGGGAUGUAAGAUCCUGUGGAAAACAACUAUCAUUCCUCCAGCUGAUUCCUGAUGCUAGGGAAAGCAUAAUUCUGCAAGAAGAUUCAACCUUUAUUCCUUGGAUUGUGGCUUCCAGGAGGGGUGAGGCACUGAAGAAAGUUUCCAAUAAAAUAGUUGUGAGAGAAAAUGGCUAUUACACUGUGUACAGUCAGGUUCUGUACUAUGAUAACUGCAUGGCCAUGGGUCAUGUAGUCCAGAGAAGGAAGGCUAAUGUGGUUGGGAAUGAACGACCUGUAUUGACGCUAUUUCGCUGCAUUCAAAACAUGCCAAACAGCUCACCCAGUAAUACCUGUUUCACCGCUGGAAUUGUGAAUCUUGACCAAGGGGAUGUGCUAGAACUCCUGUUACCAUCCCGACCCCAUGCCAACAUCUCCAUGGAGAAAGAUUCAACAUUUUUUGGUGCCAUUCAAUUAUUAUGAAGCAAUAUUUGAGAGUGCAAUGACUGUCCAAGUGUGGGAUAAUUUGCUUGUACGUUUCCACUGAUCUCAAGAUUAACCCUAUAAUCAAAAGACAUUAGCCUCAUUAAUCAAGCAGUUGGAUUUAUCUGCUAUCAUCACAGGUUGUAUUAUAUUUGUGGUACUAGGAUCUGCCAUUGUCUUUCACUCUGUAAGUCAUUUCACAAUCAAUUUAAUUGCAUAUGCUUUGGAUGGAAUCUAAUGCAGUUCAGGCCCUCUUGUUUUAUAUGCAACAAUCUUCUAUUUUCACUGUCUGAAAAAUACAUAGUUACAUGCUUUCAUAAACCUAUCUUCCCAAUGCCACCAUUUUAUUUUUGCAUAUGAUUUCUUGUGGGACCUUUGUAAAGUCAAGGCAAAAUUGCUCUAAUGAACAACAAGUCAAGUGCAUCAUGAACAAAGCAGGUGAUCAUCCUGGGAUUUCUCCAAUUUGUCAAAUGGCUGUGAGGCCUGAGAGAGUUAAUGGGAUCUUUGAGGAGGUACAAAGUGUUCCUCAGCCUAAACAUUUCAGUGGCUCUCUUUUACAGUGCUCUGAGAAAACGUAGUAUACAUUUUGCUUGGGUAAAAUGGCACUUUGGUAAAAUGGAAAAAUUUGCAAACAUUUUAGGUCUGGCAAGAAUGAGGAUCCAGAAAAAAAACUGCAUUAUGUGAAUUAUAAAACUGUCUGUCAUACACAAUAUGACAAUACAUUUUAAUACAAUUUACAUCAAUAACAUCACUCAGCUGUGCAUCUAAUAUCCAGUACAGGAUGAACAGAAUUACCAACUAAGGAUAGAGUAGACAAAAGUCAUUGCUAAGCUCUUUUUCCAGGCCACUGACUUUUUGCCUGAUCAGUUGUCUGUACCAGAUUUGUCACAUUGGAUCUGAGUAUGAACUUCUUAUCAAAUUUCUGAACCACCACCAAGGCUAAUAUAAAAUCAAAUACUGCUACUGCUGGAGAUCUGAAAUAAAACCUGAACAUUCUGGAGAAAUUCACCAGAUCUGGCAGCAUCUUUGGAAGGAAAAAUAGAGUUAAUGUUUUGAGUUCAAUGUUUCUUCUUCAGACCCCAGACAACCCACUUCCAUCUUCAUAACGUUUACAAAAUCUGCUAUUGCCUCAUCCUAUCUACUACUGAAACCUUCAUCUAUGACACUGUUACUCUUCAUUCUAUUUAUACCAAUAAUUUUAUGGCUGAACUCUCAUUUCGCACCUUUAAUUAACAUUGAGCUCAUCCAAAAGUCUGUUGUUCAUGUCCUUACACCAUGUUCAAUUCAUCACAUCUCUGCUUGAAAACCGAUAUUGACUCCUAGUUAAAUAGUAUCUCAAAUUUAAACUUUCCACCUUGUUUUCAAAUUCCUUCAUGUUCCUUCCUAUGUAUUUAAUCUCCUCCAAACCCUACCAGUCUCCACAAUAUCUACAUUCUUCCAAUUGUGCCACUAAUGCGCUCAUAAUUAUAGUCAGUCCAUCGUUGUUGAUCAUACCCUCAGUUAUCAAUCCUCUACGAUCUGCAAAUUUGCACUAGGUAUUUUUCUAUCUCUCUCUCUCUCCUCUUUAAGAUGGUCUACUAUAUGCGUAUAGAUAGUAAAAGGGUAGUAAGAGGAGGAGUGGAACCAAUUAGGGACUAACCAUGGGAUUUAUGGAUGGAGGUGGGAGGUAACAUUGAAGUAUUAAGUGAAUAUUUGAUACCUAUUUUUAGCAAAGAUGAAGAUUCACCCAGCUGAUAGUGAAUGAGGAGGUAGCUCAGAUCAUGAAGGUUUUAAAUUUGAUAAGGAAGUGAUAUUGGAUAGGCUGUUUGUACCUGAAGUUGAUAAGGCUUAAAGACCGGUUACAUUGCAUCCAAGGAAACUGCAGGAAGUUAAAGUGAAAGUUAACCCUAAACCUAACUCUAACUUUAAUCGUAAUCUUCAGAAUUGUAAGCAAGGGGAGGAAUCAUGUAAUAAAAGGGACAGCAACAACAUAGGAUACAAAAUGUUAGUAAACAAAAACACUCCAUAGUUUUUUGGAGUGGAGGAAGUUCUAUUGUGGAGUUCUAUUGGUAUCAGUGUUAGAUCCUGGCUCUUCCUGAUGUAUCCUUCUGAUCCAGACCUUAGUGGACUAGCACUAUGAUAAAAUGUGCAGAUGACAACAAUCUGUAAGCAUUAUGAACUAAGAAUAUAGCAUAAAAUUUCAAAGGGAUGUGGACAGGUUGGUGGAAUAGGCAGCCAAGUUGCAGAUAAAAUUCAAUGCAGAGAAACGUGAAGUAAUUCAUUUUGUAAGAAGAUAGCAAACAAACAGCAUAAAAGGGGGUACAGGAUCAGGGGUACCUUAAUGUAUAUGCACAUAGAUCAUUGAAGAUGGUAAAGCAAGUUGAAAGAGUAGUUGAUGAAGCACUUGGGAACCGGGGCUUUAUCAAUAGGGCUAUAGAGUACAAAUACAAGGUAGUUAUGUUAAGCAGUGGGUUGACAUCAGCUGGAAUAUUGACUCUAGUCCAGGUACUAUGCAUCUGAAAGGAUGUGAAGGCAUUAGAGAGAAUGCAGGAAAGAACAUGAGGAUGGUUGUAGAGAUGAUGUUACAUAGAAAAGAUGGCAAAGUAGAGAUUGCUUAUCUUGGAAAAGAGCAGUUAAGAGGAGAUUCGACAGAGGUAUUCAAAAUCAUGUAGGGUCUGGAUAAAAUCAGUAGAGAGUAAUUGUUCCCACUGACCGAAGAAUUGAAAAACACAGGGCAGAGACGUAAGGUAAUUACCAAAGAAGCAUUGGUGAUAUGAGGAAAUAUUUUCUAUGCAGCUAAUGGUUAGGAUCUUAUUUUCCAAAGAAAUUUGGAAAAUUAUCCAAACGGAAAAACAAAAUUUGGCUACAGGGAAAAGGCAGGGGAAUGACUUGAGGUGAACUGUACACACUUGACAGGGUGAAUGGCUUUCUUCUGUAUUGGAAUCAUUCUUCAAUUACACCUACUGCUUUAACAAAGCUUUUAAGUAACUGUCCUAAUUGCUCCUGUGUGGCUCAGUAUCAAACCUCAAUUUUGUCUGUGAAGAUUGUGCAUUUUACUACAUU